AUGGAAGAUAAAAAUCAAAAUGAUUUAUUAAAACCUCCAGUUAAACGGUCUAUGGAGGUUUUAGAUAAACACUUCUUUAAAAAAUCUGUUCUUUUGAGUGCUGCUAUUGUACCUUUAAGUUUAAUUGCAUCUUUCCGCAAAAUAUGUUCAGCAGAUGUUUUAAAGAACAAUAUUUCUAUUGUUCCUAUGGAUUCUUUAUUUAAAAAAGUCCUUUUAAAACCUAGAAUUUCUCCAUAUGAUUUAUCAAAAUUAACAAAAAGAUCUUCAGAAUUUAUAAAAGAACAUAAAAUUUCCAUUAUUCCAUAUGUUUUAGAAUUAAAUUAUGAUUUUUGGAAUUCAGAUGACAUUUUAAGCGCAAUUCUUCCUGAAAAUCUUCUAGAAAGCAUUCCCUGUAGUUUUGCACAAGUGGGACAUAUUGCACAUAUGAAUAUUCGUGAAGAAUAUCUUCCAUAUAAAAAAAUAAUAGGUGAAGUCAUCCUUAGCAAGAAUAAAGGUAUACGAACAGUUGUAAAUAAAGUAGAUAUAAUUGAUACUACUUUUCGAAAUUUUAAAAUGGAAGUGUUAGCAGGUGAAAAUGAUUUUUUUGUUGAACAUAGUGAAUCAAAUUGUCGUUUUAAGUUUGAUUUUUCAAAAGUAUAUUGGAACUCAAGGCUUAAUGAUGAACGUCAUCGGUUAAUUCAACUGUUUCAAAAGGGAGAUGCGAUUUGCGAUGUGUUUGCUGGAGUGGGGCCAUUUUCUAUUCCUGCAGGCAAGAAGAGGGUUAUUGUUUUUUCAAACGAUCUGAAUCCAGAUAGCUAUAAAAGUAUGAAAGAAAAUAUAUCUUUAAAUAAGGUCGAUUUGUUUGUAAAAGCAUAUUGCAAAGAUGGCCGUCAAUUUAUUCGAGAUUCUGUUCAUGAAUUGAUAGAAUUCUCAAAGCAAAAAACUAUUAAUGUUCCAAAUGGAAAAAAAACUAAAUCUCAAGAAAGUUUUCCUAAAUUUGAAAAUAUUUUAAUACCCCAAGUAUUUAAGCAUUUUAUUAUGAAUUUACCGGAAACAUCCAUUGAUUUUUUGGAUGCAUUCAAAGGAAUAUACUCUGGAUAUAAACAUUUAUUUCUUUCUACUAAGAAUUCACUUCCUACUAUUCAUGUCUAUUGUUUUUCAAAGCUAUCUCCUCCUGAUGACUUAAUCCCAGUACGUUGUUACUGUUUACAUAAAAAAAUACUUAUUUUUCAGAGACUAAGCACAUCUCUUGGAAUUAACCUACUUAAGAACAAUGUCAAUAUUCAUUACGUUAGAAAAGUUUCCCCUAACAAAUCAAUGUAUUGUUGUUCAUUCAAAUUUCCUGAAGAAAUUGCAUUUAAAUCCAUCUAA